GCCGUCCAACAGACCAGAGUCGGUGAGCUAGGGGGCAGCGUUGCCAGAUUGGGACAGAUUUUCCGUCCAAUCUGGCAACCCUGGCUGUAGCGCGCUUCAGACAGGGUUGCCAGGUUGGGCGGAAAAUCCGGCCCAAUCUGGCAACGUUGCUAGCGGGCUAACGUGAAGGGACCGGCGGAUGAAGACUGCGCCUCGAUGCCUCUCUCUCGGCCGCGAUGGAGGCCACAGCGACGCCUCCUCUCUCCCACUACAGGAGGAUGCUGAGGCUGUUCGGGGCGCUGGUCCUCCUCGGUCUGGCUCUGGCGUGGAUCACCUCCUGGGUGCUGGAGAGCUACGACACCUCCUGGCACCCCAAGCGGAGCGUACAGGGACCCUCCGCCAGCGAUGAGGAGGAGUCCCAGGGGAACAGUCCGCCGUUCCCGGGCGGAGAGUUUAAUAAUAUAUUCUGGUUUAUACAGGUGUCCGACAUCCACAUAAGCCGUUUUCAUGACCCAAAGCGCAUUCCCGAUUUCGAGACGUUCUGCACUGACACGGUGGAAGUGAUCAAACCAGCUCUUGUGCUCGCAACAGGAGACCUGACGGACGCCAAGACGGAGAGCAAGGUGGGGUCGCUGCAGCACGAGGUGGAGUGGCAGGCCUACCACAACGUCCUGAAGCGCUCCCGCGUCCUGGAGCGCACCCGCUGGAUCGACAUCCGUGGAAACCACGAUGCGUUUAACAUCAUCUCACUGGACAGUGUCAACAACUACUACAGGAAGUAUUCGGCCAAUCAGAAGGUGGGCUCGUUCCAUUAUGUCCACCAGACUCCGUUUGGGAACUACUCGUUCGUCUGUGCUGAUGCCACGCUCACGCCCGGACCCAAGAGACCCUACAACUUCUUCGGCAUUCUGGACCAGACCCAGAUGGACCUACUGACGGCGUUCCGGGAGGAGAGCCGCAGCAGUAACCAGUCGGUGUGGUUCGGCCACUACACCACCUCCACCGUCAUCUCCCCCGCGCCCGGCCUCCGGGACCUCAUGAGCUCUGCGGUUGCAUACCUGUGCGGUCACCUGCACACCCUGGGGGGUCUGAUGCCGGUGCUGCACAGCCGCCACCCCAAGGGCACCCUGGAGCUGGAGCUGGGCGACUGGAUGGACAACCGCAGAUAUCGAGUGCUGGCCUUCGACCACGACCUGCUCAGCUUCUCCGACCUCACCUUCCAGCGCUGGCCUGCAGUACUCAUCACCAACCCCAAGGAGGCGCAGUACCUGCACCCCCGGGAGCCCGUAGGCCGGAUCCGGAGCUCCACGCACAUCAGAGUCCUGGCGUUCUCAGACGCCGCCAUCACUGCCGUGGAGGUCAGCGUGGACGGCGAGGCCCUGGGGCCGGGCCGGUCGGCGGGGGGCCCGCUCUACGUGCUGCCCUGGGAGCCCGCGCGCUACGAGGGGGGGCUUCACACCAUCAGCGUCCGGGUAGAGGACCAGGAGGGCCGCUGGUCGGUGGUGGAGCAGCGGUUCACCCUGGAGCGCGGCCUGGCCCCGGGCUUCAGCCUGGCCCAGUCCUUCAUCCUGCUCACCGACCACUACCUCCUGGCCCGUGCCGCCUUCCUGGUGGCCGUGCUGCUCAACGUGGGCACGCUGCUGCUCUACCGCUUCCUGCUCGUUCCCCCGGGCAGAGCGACCGUGGGCCUGUUGGCUCCGGUGAAGAUGUCUCUGCACCUGCUCAGUAAAACAGACUUCUUCUACUACUCCCUGCUGCUCUUCAACCUGUGCACUGCCUUCGGGCCGUGGUUCGUGGGGGAGCUGAUCGACGGCCACAGCGGCGCCUGCUUCGCCUUCGGCCUGGUGAUCGACGGCCACUUCCUGGAGGGCAGCCUGACCUACGUGGUCGGCGUGGUGCAGAUGGCGUUCUACAACACGCCCCUCACCUGCUACGUCUGCUGGAGCCUGCACCAGCGUCACCGCGGCAACACCUUCCGCUCCCACCUGCUGCCGUCGCGGCGGCAGGGCUGGUGCUCCGGGGUCGCGGCGCUGGCCGUCAACCUGGGCAUGCUGCUGCUGCUGGCCUGGCAGGCGUACUCCUGCGGCUUCCUGCUGGAGACCUACGGCGCCGUGGCCCUGCUGCUGUCGCCCGUCCGCUCCUGGGCGCUGGCGCUGGGGCUGCUGCUGGUGUACCGCGCCUGGACCGGCCCGGCCCCCCGCCUCCGGGACCCCCACCACGACAAGGUCGCCCCCACGCGCUCCUGACAGCAGCGCGCCGCUACGUCCUGUCUGGUCCUUCUUCUUCUCCUCCUCCUCUUCCUCUUCCUCCUCCUCCUCCUCCUCCUCCUCCUCCUCCCCUCUAAGCCUGACACACAUGCCGUCACUCGCCAUCACUUCAUCACCUCCGCACACGCCGGCCUAUGUCUCCCUUCUCUCCCCCCUCCCUUCUCUCCCGUCUCCCUUCUCUCCUGUCUCCCUUCUCUCCCCCCUCCCGUCUCCUCCUCCCUCCCUCCUCCCUCUUUCCAUCACCUGAACUCUUUGCUGGUCUUGUUUUAAUAUGCAUGUCACCGUAUCACAGCUCUGAGCACAUCCCUGCUCCACUGUCUCAGCAGAUGUCUUUUCAAAAGUGAAAGAGAAUGAACACGACCCCGUCGCACUUCACCGCCCCCGACUCAAAGACUCCCGGCAUCAUUUAUAGCUUUUUCUUUUUGCAUCGCGUCAACCAAUGUUUACGUAACCUAAUGAGCCCUAGCAGUUUAUGGGGAUGCAUUGCCCUGGGAACGUGCAUAACCACUGCCAAAGAAGUAAUAAUUAAGAAAUUGUUGUUUCUUCUCAAAAAUUCCCUCCUCCACCCCCUUCCCUCGAGCGCACGUGUUUACCGCCCAAAUCCAACCUACCGACGCGCCCUUAUACCAGGAAGCUCUGCUCUUUGAAGCUCUGGCUGGCUGAGAGCAGGGGAGUCCUCGCUGAAAGGACCCCUAGAUUAGUAGUCCCUCCUGCACAGAGCUCCACUGCCACUCUGCCACAGUCAUCCUCCAAGAUUAACACCACAGAGCUCUCAGUGAAAGAAACUAACCUGCGUGCGCGUGUGUGUGUGUGUGUGUCAGUGUGUGUGUCAGUGUGUGUGUCAGUGUGUGUGUGUGUGCGCGUGUUUGUCACUGCUAUCGUAACAAUAACAAACAAAAGGGAAGAACGCUAAGCUAACAUUUCUGGGGGCGCAUGAGGUAUUUUUUUUCUUUCAAGAACAGACCGACGCUCCCAGUUGUACUUCAGGAAUCUUUACUGGUAUUUUAUACAUCUUGGUAGCUCAACGAAACCGCGACGGAGCAAUACCGCGACCUCACAGCGCUGCCGUCGUACGAUCCCGUUGAUUAUGCAUCGAUUGUAUCGGUGUGCCGUUGAUCGUCCUCCCGUUAAAUGAUUAUCCGCCACAUUAUCGUCGUUAAACCCGUACUCGUGUGAUCCUCGUCGCCGGGGGGCCGGUACACCAAGUCCCGCGGUGGUAGAUUCCCCCGUCGGCCUUCUGAGGUCGAUUCCCCAAAGUGUUCCUAUAGUUGAGGAUGUGAAUGACAUCCGUCUAACAGGUACGUGGUUUGUUCUGUCCGUCAGUAAAGAGGACUAUUAGUUACCGUCUAGCAGUAAAAAAAGAGUCAUUGAUUGAGCCACAGAGUGGUUUAAAACACUCUUAACGAAGAAAAGAAGCAUGCAACAGUCUGAAUGUGAUAUGGGGGCUGCAGCCACACCUGUUGAGUAUAGCGGGGUGUUCUGGCGGCCUGUUAGGAUGCGUACCCUCUCUUUGGACUCAGAACGAAGUCGCAGAAUUCAACCUGAAGGCCUCACAGUUUUAUCCAAACGGUUGCCUUUUCUUCGGGGUGGCUGCUACCGGUCGUAUCGGUAAUCAUAAGCAUUUCAAAGUUUGGGUUCAGACGAUCGUACUCCUGGCUAAAGGCAUCAUGGGUAAUCCAAGCCACGGCCCAUAGUUUGCACCCCAAGAAUGUCAAGUAGGAUUUCGGACACGCAACUCUUGCCUACAACACAAUAUGUAAGGAGAUUCAAAUCGUAUGGGCCUUAUUCAGCCAGGGGCUGGACACUAGCUGGGUGGUUGAACUGAAUGUGGAACAAAGGACAAAAUGUAAUGCCCAAUGAAGGAAUUGAUUGAACCAGUUUCUGUAUUACAAUUUUUUUGCGUGAAGUAUCCCAUCAUUACUUUUAUUAAGGAGAUGGACGUAGUUAAUGCACUGAAUCUCUCCGUGUGUCACUCGGAGUAGGCAAGGGGUCACUAGCAGGGUCUAUAAGAGUACAGACCCUGCUAGCAAACCUCCCAUCAGGUUGUUGUCAUGGCCCAGAAUACCUAGCCUGGCGCAACGAGCUGCUCAAACGAGUGAUAAGGAUUAUUUUGAGAGAGUUUAAUUAAAUGUAAUUCAUGGUGUGUAUUACACACAUCGAUUAUUUAUUGUUACCCGAUUAUCAUGUAUGAUCUAACUAUGUGACACGUCCACUAGGGGGCGAUACAGGGCAGAUUCGGUGGUUGAAUGACUUGUAUUCUUUCCUCAGCUUUGCAAUAUUUUACCGAUGUUAUUUGUUUUUUGAAUGCAUGGGAUUGUAAUUAGUUUUAUUUUGCGUAAGAGUACAAAAAAAUUACAAGUUGAACUUGCCAGUAUCAUCGCCGCCUCCCAAAAUCAACUCAAUGACUGUGGGAACUGUUCAGAAAGUGGUUGUAAUCAUGCUGCACAUUUGAUUAAUUAUCGCAGGAUAAUGGGACUGAUGUUUUUGCUCUGUUAUAAUCAUUUUUGCUCUGUUGUACACAUCAUAUUUGAUGUACUGCUGUUUCAAUUAUUCCUCUACUUCCCCUGUGGUAAUAAUAGUAUUAUAGUAUAUAAAGUAUACGGAUGAAUCGAUGAAAUGAAACCUGCCACAUCUUUUCAUUGUGACAAAUGAAAUGAAUUGAAAUCAAGUUUUUAUUUUGUAAAUGGUUUAUAGUGCUGUGAAAUAAACUGUUCAUGACGGGAAA